AUGUCGGCGAAUAAAUCCGUCAACCCUAUCGUUACAGAUGAACACGGCCCUGAGGCUUCCGAAGCUCCCAAAAAGGUCGACGCCAUUUCUCAGCUAUAUGAUGGAAAUGUCUAUAAUGUCACACCAGACAGCCGGCGCCAAAUCGGCCUGUUCAGUGCGCUGGCUCUGAUCUUCAAUCGAAUCAUCGGAACUGGUAUAUUUGCAACACCGAGCUCCAUCCUCUCCUUAACCGGCAGCGUCGGUUUGGCUUUAUUCAUCUGGGUCAUCGGCCUCUUGAUUGCAUUGGCGGGAACGGCAGUGUAUCUUGAAUGGGGAACUGCUAUUCCUCGAAACGGCGGCGAGAAAAACUACCUCGAGUAUGUAUACAAGUCGCCCAAAUUCUUUGCCACCGCGAUGUUCGCUGCCUAUGCUUCCCUCCUCGGCUGGGCGGCUGGGAACAGUGUUAUUUUCGGCGAAUACAUCCUGCACGCUGCUCAGGUUGAGGUCGGCCGAUGGAACCAACGUGGCGUUGGGCUGGCCUGCAUCACAGCCGCUUUGCUGAUCCACUCGACUGCUCUGAAAUGGGGUCUACGGCUGCAGAACGUCCUUGGUGUGAUUAAGCUGAUUAUCAUCUUGAUCAUUAUCGUCAGUGGAUGGGCUGCCCUUGGCGGUCAUUUGAAGGUCGAAAAGCCGCAUAACUUCACAAAUGCCUUUGAGGGAACCCGUGGAAGCGGCUAUGGUAUUGUCACUGCUUUGUAUAAUGUGAUUUGGUCGUUUAUCGGAUACUCGAAUGCCAAUUAUGCCCUGAGCGAGGUCCGGAAUCCGACCAGAACCCUCAAGAUUGCGGCUCCUCUCGCCGUCAUUGCAGUUGGAAUCUUCUAUAUUCUUGUGAAUAUUGCGUAUUUCGCCGCCGUCCCUAAGGAAGAGAUCCUAUCUUCUGGCCAGAUCCUUGCUGCCGCUUUCUUCCGCAAUGUGUUUGGCGAGCGUGCAGAACGAGUGAUGUCGGUUUUCGUCGCCCUGUCGGCCUUUGGCAAUGUCUUGUCUGUGUUAUUUUCACAGGGUCGUAUUGUUCAGGAGCUUGGCCGUGAGGGCGUUCUCCCCUUGUCGAAGUUGUGGGCUAGUAACAAACCCUUCAAUGCCCCUGCUGCUGGACUUCUGGAGCACUGGGCCGUGUCAGUCAUCGUCAUGCUUGCACCUCCACCCGGUGAUGCCUACAGCUUCUUGCUCAACCUCAUCUCCUACCCGCUCUCGAUCAUCAACGUCUUUGUUUCUGGCGGUCUGAUCUACAUCUACCUCAACCGCUCCAAAUACACAUCUUUCACGCCUACCAUUCGCGCGACCCUCCCCGUCGUCAUCUUCUUCUUCCUGUCCAAUAUCUACCUCACCGUCGCGCCUUAUAUCCCACCUGAUGCCGGCGAGAGCGUCUACGAGAACUUGCCGUACUACCUCCACUGUGUCGUUGCUCUGGGGGUCUUCGCGUUCGGCGCUAUCUACUACAUAUUCUGGGCUAUUGUGUUCCCGCGUCUGUACAAGUACAACCUUGUCAAGGAGACUAUUGUCAGCGCGGAUGGGUGGUCGAGGGAUGUAUUUGUGCGUGUGCCGUACAAGGCGAUUGCACAAGAAGACGGACAUGAAAAUUGA